AUGGGCACCCCGUCCCUGAGCUCGACGACCACGGUGACGGUGGUGGUGGUGGACGCCGACGACCUGCCUCCGGUGUUCAGCCACGAGCGCUACUUCGCCAAGGUGUCCGAGCAUCCGGGACACGACACGGGCGUCCCCAUCCGAGAGGAGGUAACCUUGACCCCCGGCCCCCUCCUAGCUCUCGACGGCGACGUGGGGCAGAACGCAAGCCUCCGCUAUACGCUCGUCCGUUCCCCGGCCUCGGAGUACUUCACCCUCGACCCCCUCAGUGCCCAGCUGUUCCUCACGAAGCACCUCGACCGGGAAGCGCUGGCCGACAGUACGCUCGUCCUCCAUGUUCGAGCGGAGCAGGUAGGGCUUGGAGGUGUUUUGAGCUUUCGAGUAAAAGCAAAACAUUUACGACUUUCCCAGGGAGUAAACGGCGCCUUCAACUACCACGUGGUGGGCGGCCAAGGAGCCUUAACCGUCAACCCUCUGUCAGGCUGGUUGACGGUGGACAACCACAACAUCCUAGACCGUGAGGAGUCCCCCGUCAUCACCCUGUACGUGUGUGCCAACCAGAUCGCGCCCGUCGUCCAGGCACCGCCGGGCGUCAGGCAGACGUCCCUCUUCCGCAACAGGACUUCAGGAGGCGCCGACGACAGUCCGAGAGGAGGCCCGGUUGACGGCAAGGAGGAGGAGGAAAGGAUCCCCGAAGCCCCCGACGGAAAACCUUCCACGACGUCCCAGGAGAGGUCGCGAGAGUCACCGACGCGAGUCACGGUUCCGCUUCUGAGGCGGAGGACGCGACCCACACCGUCUACGCGAGCUGGGGAACGAAUCAGGAACAGUCCUUCGGCAGAGUCCCGGGCGCCGUCGGCCGUCGUCUCGCGUCAAAGAAGGGCCGACGCCCAAGGGAAGGGAAAGGCAGCAGGCGAAAGAAACUCGAGGGAGCUAUCUAGAAGGGAAUCACGAGUGUUAGCAGAUGCCAAAAGGAACAGAGGACCUUCAGAAGACAAUGAAGACGGUUUUGACGUAACAACAACACCCGAGACGACAACGACAACAGCAACGACAACAACGACGACGACGCCAGGACCAAGAUCUAGGCUGCAGCGCGUGAAGAGCAACCUCUCGAAACGACGCCUCCUCUCUCCCAGACGCCUGAGGAGAAGAAUCGAGGAGAACCGAAGGAGCUCCUCGAGACGACGAAGUUCUCGCUCCGCACGAUCAGGACCCGAAGCCAGAGACUCACCUGACACUCCUGACUUCAAUUCCGACUCGGAAUCCUGUGCCAAGAUUGAGCUGAAACUCCUCGAUGCUAAUGACAACAACCCAGAGUUCCUCCCGAGUAACCAGUACCAGUUUACCAUAAGUGAAGAGGCACGAGAGGGCACCGUCGUAGGUUCGGUACAAGCCGAGGACCGCGACGAAGGCGGAAACGGCCGCGUCACCUACUCCAUCCAGUCCCCAGGCAACAGCACGAGACGCGACCGCACCAAGGCCUUCACCAUCGACGAGGACAAGGGCACCAUCCGCCUGGUCACCAAGAUGCUACCUGGCGAGGUCACGCUCUUCGUGGAGGCGUCUGAUCGGCCGUCCAACCCUUCGGAGACGAGGACCUCUCUCGCUGUCGUUACUGUUUACGUCCAGGCAACCCAGAUGUGGGAGCCGAGGUUCGUGGGCGCCCCCUACGAGCUGUGGGUGGGGAGUGACGCCACCGUGGGCACCAGUGUGGGCCAAGUUCGCGUCGUGGACAUGGAGGGCUCGGAACUUAUGUUUGAUAUGUUCCAUUCCUACCAAGAUGGAGUCCCCUUCGCCAUCGAGGAGAGCUCAGGCAUCGUCUCGGUCGUGGCUCCCGUCCAGCAGUUCUCGAGGACCAACUACGAGUUUGAGGCGGUGGUGACGGACGGGCGGACCUCCCUCGUCACCAACGUCACCAUCCACGUCGCCCCCAACAGGAGACCCUCCACCAGGCGCAGCACCGUCGUCAACUUCUCCGUGCAGGUGAGGGGGCUUGGGACGGGUGCUGCGGUGUUUUGUUUUUUGAGAACUGCCAAACCUGUGACUUCGUUGACCGCCCUGAGGGACGUCGGGGCUAGGAUCGCCUCGGACCCGCAGUUCGAGUUGGUGAGUCCAGAAGCCAGGAAGUACUUCGCCCUCGGCCUGGACGCCUCCCUGUACACCGUCGCGCCCUUGGACUACGAGGCUUCCCCCAACCACACGCUGGUCAUCGUCAGCGGGAGGACCUCGGAUAUCUAUUAUGUAAACGUGCAGGUUGAGGAUCUGAACGACAACCCGCCCCAGCUGAAUGCGGUGGCGUACGAGGGCACCAUCAGGGAAAACGCUUUGCCGGGCACUACCAUAAGAGUUCUUCCUGCGAUACAGGUGAGCGACAAGGAUCAGUACCCCGGCGCCACCUACUUCCUCCAGCUGUUCGGCGACGCGGCUCACCUGUUCGACAUCGACUCCUCGAGCGGCCAGGUGACCUUCGUCGGCGACGACCUGGACCGCGAGAGGGUCGACUCGUACGUGCUGCGCGUGGAGGCGCGCGACGACGGCAACCUCACGUCGACGGCCAACCUCACCAUCAACAUCGAGGACGUGAACGACAACCCGCCGCGAUUUGUGCAGCGCGAGCCGCUCUUCUCGGCGCGGGAGGACGACCUGGACGAGAACUCCUCGAGGAAGCUCCCCGACACGUCCAACCUCGAGUACCUGGCGGACCUCGAGCGCUCCCUCGUCAAGAUCCCCGAGUCGCUGCCCAUCGGGAGCCGCGUGACGGAGGUUACGGCCACAGACGACGACGAGAAGCUGUACGCCGACGUCCGCUACAAGAUCGACGCGCAGACCUCCUUCAGCUUCGCCGGCGGGGCAAACACGACGCCCAUUCUGGAGGAGGCGUCGACCUUUUCCAUCGAGAGCAAGACUGGCGUGGUCGUGGUGGCGGGGCCUCUGGAGCCCGACCACUUCUACCUCCUGAACAUCUCAGCGACGGACGGCGGUGGCCUGGCGUCGCACACGACGGUCUCCGUCGCGGUGUUCGACGUGAACGACCACACGCCGCGGUUCGAGCGCCCCGUCUACAACUUCGAGGUGGUGGAGGGCGAGUACCUGGUGGGGGAGGUGGGCAAGGUGGUGGCUUUCGACCAGGAUUUCGGUAACAACGCCAAGGUACACUACCAGAUCAUCUUCUACAAAAACUCGAGCGAGGACCAGGUGUUCCCCUUCAGGAUCGUGGAGACCUCGGGCACCAUCCUGGCCACGGGCACCGUUGACCGCGAGGAGCGCGAGGUGUACGAGUUUUCCGUCGUGGCCACGGACAUGGGCACGCCGCAGCUGUCCUCGUCCGUCCUCGUUCACAUCGAAAUCAUGGACGUCAACGACCACCGGCCGGUCUUCUACGACUACAAGGACGCGAUUUACUCCGGGGAGGCCAGCAACGACGGCCAGCUGGACUCAAGCAAUGCCACCUUCACGCCGGUGUACACGGCCGCCCUCUCGGAGCACGCCCCUCGCGGCACCGUCGUGGCCAGGGUGUUCGCGAACGACUCCGACUCCGGCACUUCGGGGAACGGCCUUAUCCUGUACAAGCUGGAGGGCGGCGAGGACAAGUUCUCCAUCGACUCGAACAACGGCAGCGUGUACACCGUGGGCGCGCUGGACUACGAGCGCGCCCCGACCCACAACCUGACGGUGGUGGCGCAGGACCUGGGCACCCCGCCGCUCUCCGCCUCCGCCCUGCUGGUCGUCACGGUCGUCGACGAGGAGGAGGAGCUCACCACAAGACUCUUCGACCGGGAGGAGUACGAGGUUCGCGUGAUGGAGAACAACGACACCCCUCUGCGGCUUCUGGAUCUGAACGUGAGCGAGGCGUUCUCCGGGCAGCAGCUGCACUACCAGCUGGUCGACCCGGGUAUGUCGGGCACUGUGGCGGUCGACUCGUACUCGGGCGAAGUCUACCUCAUCGCCAGCCUCGAUCGGGAGACCAGGAGUAGAUUUAGGUUCAAGGUACGAGCAACCCAGCCGGAACGAGGCCGCGCCCUGGAGUACCUGAACGAGCAGUCACAAAACACGAGACGCUUCGAGGAAACGACAGAUGAUCUGACUUCCCCUGCUACAGCUGACACCGAAGUCCCCGUCGUCGUUGCCUUGGAGACACUCCCUCACGACGACGAAGGUGAGAUAAGCGUCCCUGCCGAGGUGGUCUCCUUGGGGACUUACAGGAGGCCCGUAAGGAGGCAGAGGACGGCGCCGCCCUUGGGGGAGCCUACCGUCGGGCCACAGCCUUUGCUUGCACAGGCGAGCCUAUUGGUGGGCGGUGGGCGCGACCUGGACCUAGGAAUGGACGAGGUGUGGGUGGCGGUGGAGGUGGAGGACCAGAACGACAACAGCCCCAGCAUCCUUCCCCAGGGGCGGCCCGUCGUGGCGGCUGUCCCUGCCACGGCUGCGUACGGGCAUUUCGUCACUAGGAUCAUGGCUAGCGACCCAGACCAGGGCAUCAACGGAGAAUUGCGCUACGAGAUCCUACCCGGCGAAGGGGCACAAGACGCCAGCGCCAGGUUCGCCGUCGACCCCGUGUCAGGCCAGGUGGUAGUAAUCGGUGCCUUAGAGGACGAAUCGGGCAAGAUGUUUGGCUUCGACGUCCGUGUGAGCGAUCAGGGCGGAGCUCCUUCUGCCCGCUCGGCCAUCGCGAACGUUUUCGUGCACGUUUUGGGCGCAGGAGGUCACCUGGUGUUGGAGGUGGCAGCUAAACCCCGAGAAGUUGAACCCCAUCUCUACCACAUCCAAGGGAUGCUAACCAACGUGUCUGGGUUGGAUGUUCGCGUGCAGAGAAUAGCUCCCCAUGUUGACGGUGACGCGGCCCUCACUACGGCGACAGACAUGUACGUUUAUGCCGUUGACCCGACCACCCAGUCCGUGGUCGACGCCAGCCACCUCCGCCAAGCCCUAAGGGGGAGGAAGAGUGAGCUGAAGUCCCUCCUUCCCGGUGGCGUCCACUUCAGGGGCAUGAGGGUGCCUCUUCCCUCUCGCCAGGGACAUGUGUUACAGACUGCGGAAUUGGCGAUAUUGAUUGGCGCCGUGGUGGUGUUCCUGGUGACAGUCACGACUAUUGUGUGUCUCUGUUACAAGCAAAGAAAGAGCCGCCGCAAGCCCAUGCCGAUGCCGCCCAUGAUGACCGCGGCAGGGAUACCUGUGAUGCCCCUAGCCUACCCCGGCCCCUUCGCCGCCCCUUACACCCACAUGAGCGACCACAGCAGCUCGGAAUCCACAGAGGCCCAAGAGUUACCCCACGACCAUCCACACUAUCCUCAUGACCUCGUUCACUAUCCGCCUGACCCGGCUAGCUACCCGGUUGACCCUGCCGUCACUACCCACUUCCCUCAGGACCCCAACCACUACCCACGCCCGCCGCCCAGACGUCGCUCCUGCGCCCACAGCUUCCAGGCAGAUCGAGAGCUCUUGCACCCUUGUAGCAGCGGCGAGAGAGUGUCAUCCCACACCGACGAGGACGAAGGUAGCGGCCCAGUGUGUCUCCGCCACGCCCCCUCACGGAAGCGCCGCCGAGGCACCCAGCAGGGAGCAGACGGCAGAGGCAGCGGGCCGAGCCACAAGAGCAGGAGCUCCUCGAGGGCAGGUCGAAGAGCGCUGGGGGAAGAGCCCUCGAGUUCGGACUUCGAUGAGAGGGACCACGCGCCUCCCCUGGUCACCAUCCCCAGGCCUCAACCGUGCUGCAUGGAGGACAGACAGAGAAACCCAAACAACCCACGAACAUUACCGACCGUCGACUGCACGCUCGAGAACCCCGGCAGAGCCCACUCCCCCGACAGCCUGGAACGCCCCUCGCACUGCCGGACCGCCGCCCACACCCACACCAUCCCCCGCACGCACCUCAAGAGGGAGAGGGGCUCAGAUCACGCGGGGGGGAGGAACGGACGCUCUGAUCUCCACCCGAGUGACGUUACAGAGCUCUGAUAAUCUCCAAGGCUGGGGUCUGUGGUGGAGGUCUUUUCAGGAGCAUGGAAAAUGUUUUGUGAUUGGGUGAUGUUUAGAUUUUGGAGAGAUUUUGUUUUCGCCGUAGUUCUGAAACAUCUCUGAAACCAAAUUUCUAGAUGAAUGUAUGGAUUUUUAUUAAUUGGUGUUAUUAAUAUAUACUGUAUAUAUGUGGUAGAUGAACAUUAUGAUAAGGCAAAUUGCUCAGAUUAAAAUUGGACAUUUACGUUUUCAGUAAAUAAAAAAUGGACAAAGUACUGAAGUAAAGAAAAAUGUUCACUUAAUGACUAUAAACCCAUUCAGUGACAGGUUUUUCUGAUGUAUAUAUAUAUUUUUUACUUCCACUGUAAUAUCUUCAUCCCAGUGAGACCAUCUGAAGAUCCAAUAGAUUGUAGACAUUUUCUUGUCAGUUUAGCUAUGACACAUAAAAAGUUGUUUAAAGUGAUUACCUAAUAUCACAAACAUUAUGAUACAACGUUAUGAAUUUUAUGAUGUUUUAAAAGCCCCCUGUAUUUGUAAAUACAUUACUACUUUAUAUAAUUAGAAGUAUUGUUCAUUUGAUAAAAUAUUUCAUGAUUCAGUAGUCAACAAAGUUUAUACAACAUUAAACUGAAUGUGAAGCUAUAUAGAUAAGUUGAUAUUAUUAUUUAAAACUCAUUUUUACAUCUGGUUCACAAAUAAAGUCUAUAUUAUAAUUUCUGAAUAAUAGUCAUGAACAAGAAUGAUACUGUCACCAUUCAACUGCAAGUCAAACACUGAUGUAAUGUCAUCACAACACAAAUCGAUUUUCUCACAUUUUUUAAAGCUAUUCCAAGAAAGCUAUAUUCUUUUUCUGAAAUAACAGCUUAUUGAGAAUUAGGGAUGGUGAUCAUAAUUUAUUUGAACCAUACUUUAUUUUUCUCAUUUAUAAUUGGAUGGUGGUGUUUUACUCAAGCUUUCUUCCUUAAUACUUGGCCAAAUAUUUGUAUAUUGUAGAUAGUAGGUAUGUUUGAUACAAUGGAGAGGAGAUAUGGAAUAGCUUUGGUGAUACAAAUGAGGCUAUCAGUUUGAUGCUAUGAGGGUUUUUUUCAGGUGGACCCAAAAGAUAAUACUUUAUUUUCUGGAAUGAUUUCCUGUCUUCUUGAUUAAAUGAAAGAGAACUCAGUAGGUCACAAAUUAGCUACGAAUAUAUUCUUGUAAGAAACUAUUUUGAUACAAGUGAGUUGUCUUUUGUAAAAGUAUUUGUAUAAUUUUCUUAAGAAUCUAAUCUGUGGUUUAGUCUAACUGCAUACUGGGACAUUACAGGUUAUCAUGGUGAAUAUUAUGCUUUAUAGAUAUUUUAAAAUGCCAAGUGUGCCAUGAACUAUGUAGAGGCAUAGAUGAAUCACACAUGAAUAACAUGCAUACUUGGAUCUAUAGUGUUCCAUGGCAGUGUAUGUAAUGUUUGUGCUUGAUUGAGUGCUUGCAUCUUGGGUUAUGGGUCAGCUGGGAUUAUUAUGUUUUUGAUCACCUUUUGAAUACGUAAUUAUAGAGGUGAAAAUUUGCUCUAAUGCACUUAAGUGAAUUGUGUGUAUGUGUUAUACAUAAAUAAAUAUGUAUGGCUGUGUUUUGCCUGUGUACUCAAGGCCUCUCCUUAAAAGAUGAAUAUACCAUUGUUAUAAUGUACAGUAUUUUGUAGUUAGAGCUCAGAAAUGUUUAAACAGGCAA